AUGGCGAAUUCCACCACCUCAAAGCUUCGAGUAGCAAUUAUCGGCGCUGGUCCUGCUGGACUCGGAGCUGCCAUUGAAUUUGCAAAACUUCCUUUUGUAGAUCUCAGGAUCUAUGAGCAAGCUCGUGAGCUACGUGAAGUCGGCACUGGCAUUAGUCUGCAGAGAAAUACAUGGCGACUAUUAGAUGUGUUUGGCGUGCUGGAAAACAUCAAUCCAAGUGACUUUUUUCGAUCGGCAGAUGGACACUCCGUGCAGCAUAGAAAUGGGCGGACUGGGGAUCUCCUUCUUUCCAAUGGACAGAAAGACACGCCUCCGCGACACAAGCACGCACGAGCUCUACGAACCGUACUCCAACGAGGCUUACUAGAUGGGGUAGAUGCCUCCCUCUUGAGGCUUUCCAGUCGACUUAUAGAGAUAAUUGAACUCCCCAAUGGAGCGCUGUCACUCCGAUUUGAAGAUGGCCGCACUGACGAGGUCGAUCUGCUUGUGGGCGCAGAUGGUGUUCGGUCGGUCGUCCGGAGCUUUGCGUUUCCCGAUCAUCAUAUCGGCUACACAGGCCGUGCAGCUUACCGAGCCCUGGUGGAUGCUGACAAGAUCCUUCGUAUUCCCAACUUUCCAGAUGCAGUAACAUUUUGGCAUGGCCCCAAGGAUUGGGUAUAUACUUGCAAUCUUAACAAUAAUAUUUACGAGGUAACAACGAUGGCAGAAGUCUCUGGAGAAAUUGCGAAAGUGAGCUGGGGUGAGGAUGCAACUCUGGAAGAGUUCCGAAAGCCAUACAGGGAAUUUGCACCUAUUGUACAGGCAGUUCUAGACGAAGUGAAGGAAGUUAAGAGAUUUGCCUUAUUUGCUGGACCGCGACUCUCCACUGUGAUCUCCCGUGGAUCCAUUGCAUUGAUCGGAGAUGCUUCGCAUCCGUUAUCUGGUGCUUUUGGUGCUGGAGCUGGCUUCGCCCUGGAAGAUGUUUUUGUCCUUACGCAGAGCGUGAAAUGGGCAUAUGAGAGGGAUCUUCCCGUGGGACAGGGGCUGCAGCUUUUUGAUAACGUUCGAUCGCCGCACUAUGAACAGCUGUAUGGCAUCCUGGACGAGUUUGCCAAAUCUGACGCCACAAUCGGAGUUCCCAUCACAUUUGACGAUGCUGUGGCAAGGACCGUAUCUGAUAAAUGGAGCGAAGACCACCACUGGCUGUAUCAUUACGAUGAGGUAUGGAAGGAAGCUUACAAGGCAGAGGACGCCCGCAUCCAGCAGGAGGAUUCAAAGAAAUCUGAAUCUUUGGUCUACCAAGCUCAAAACAUGUCUUCCCACUUGCAGAGAAUUAGAUUACAUCCAUGGUAUAGUGUCGCUAUCGUGGCCUGGACGGCCUUUUGUCACCCGGGAAUGUUUGGAGCAUUGAAUGGCCUAGGGGCUGCCGGAGAAGAAACAGCAUCCUUAUCAAAUGUUGUGAAUGCGGUGACAUUCGGUGCUCUCACUGUUGGUGGGUUCUUUACCGGUAUUAUCUGCAACAAGAUCGGUACCAGAUGGACGCUUGCUCUUGGGACAUUGGGUUAUGCUCCUUAUGCAGAUCCUUCUGUCCAGGAGCGUGGCCGAGCAGUGGCUACCAAAUUCACUCUUCAGAAUUUUGCUUCGUCUUUGGGGGGUAUGAUAUCUCUCGGCCUCAAUAUCCGCCAAUCUCAAGCCGGCCGAGUUUCAGAUUCAACAUUCUUCGUUUUCAUAUCGAUCAUGGCACUUGGACUGCCCGCAGCAGUGACCAUCCCUCGCCCAAAUCAAGUCAUCCGCGGAGAUGGCUCCCGCGUGAGCGCUCAUCGGUUUCAAUCGUGGAAAGAAGAGCUUGCAGGACUUCGUCGAACAUUGGGGCUGAAGAGCUUCCAUAUCCUCUUUCCAUUUUUGAUCUAUUGGCAAUGGGAUCUAUCCUACAUGUGGAGUUGGAAUGCACAGUACCACAGCGUCCGCACCCGUGCUCUUCUUAGCACGCUUUUCUACCUCGUCGGACCAACCUUCAUUGGGCCUAUUCAAGGCUAUCUUCUUGAUAACGCCAAAUGGAGCCGUAAAACGCGUGCUCGGGUGGCUGUUGUCAGCUUUACGAUUCUAACACUUUUGACAUGGAUCUACGGUCUUGUCGUCCAAUACCAGUACGAUAAACAGACUACAAUCAUAGACAUCAAGGACCCGGUGUUUAUCAAAUCAUGCCUGCUCUUUAUCUUAUACGGACUAAUUGAGAACUCUGCAAUGGUCACUGGUUAUUGGAUUAUUGGAUCCCUUGGCCUUGACCCCGGUAGUGUUGCUACCUUCGUUGGACUUGCCGUUCCUGGACUACUAUACACGGGCUUUAAGCUUGUUACUGAGGAUGCGGUUAUUGAUGCAGCGACCACGCAAGUGGACUGGAUUGAUACCGCAGAAACGAAUGAGGCUAUCUCUUCUCGUGAGAAAGGCAAUGUACACUCGGUUACGGAGGCUUCUCUUAGUACCGAGUGA